AUGUUUUCGAAGAGAAAAGUAAUCAAACGGAACAUUCGGAAGGUCACGGGGGAGGACCACUCCAAUUUGAAUGUGCCCCCCGAUGAUGGAGGGAGGGAAAGCUCCUACCAGGAAGAAGCCCCAGUGGGGAGGAGCACCACCGACGUAUGCGUCACCAAGAGUGAAGCUGCAGCACCGCCCCUCCCCGAAGGGGGAUUUGCAAUCCAAGACGACACCCGCGUAGGAGAGCCACUCGAUGAGGAAACAUAUGAAGAAGCAUAUGGGAGGGGAGCUGAGCAGGACGAGCGCAAUGACCAAUUGGAGGAGGGGAAGGGGCCGGACGCGCCCACCGCGCUACACCCUCUGCUGCCCCAUUCGCUACCACCCUCGGUACCCCCAUCUCAGUUGCAUUUGGGAUGGACGCCCACCCAAGAGGCAGCCACCAAGAAGGGAAGAAUCAGCAGCAGGGAGAAGAAGAAAAACGAAGAGACGAGGAAGGUUAACAGGAUGAACACGAGCUUCCACAUCUACAGUGAUGAUGAAGACGACUGUUAUGUGGCCCUUCGGAAGAGGAAGGGUCUACAGAGGGGCAUCCAAAGCGGGUCCAUUCAAAGCGGGUCCAUCCACGUGGAUGACUCACCAAACGAGGGGAACGCAGCCAAAGGGGUAGAGGCCAGCCCCGUCGAAAGUGACGCUGAGCACAGGGAACCACUCCCAGGGGGGCUAUCCGCACGGGAGUUUCUCAUUCGAAGGUACGGGGUAGACCCCCACCAGGGUGAUGCCAAUCGGGCAGCACAAGAAGAAGAACGUUUGCCUAACCAUGAGGGCAAUGCUGCAAGCACCAAGGGGGGGCAAACAAACGCACAAACGUACUCCACGCAGAGGAGCGGAACUGCGCCGAUGGGAGAUAACCCCUUCGAUGUGGACCUCAGCGGUGGGGACGCAUCUCAAGAUAGAUACGCUCACAACCAGAGGGGGGGGUGUCGAAGGGGGGAAGCAGCUACGAGGGAAAGGGAGGAGGACUACCAAAAUGAGGGGGACUUCCAAUACGAGGGGGGCUUCCCAAACGAGGAGGGCUUCCAACAGGAGGAGGACUACCAAGACGAGGAGGAAAAAAGACUCAUCGAAAGGAUAAAGCUGAAGAAACAAAUCCUACGAAAAAAGAAGAAGCUCAGCGAUAGGUACAGCUACGUGCUGGAGGAGGGCCACGAGGGGGGGGAGACUGCCCAGCAGUUUGGUGGAAGGGGAAAAAUGGCAACGUGGGGGCAGGGCGGCUGCGUAGUGACGGGAGAUGGCCCCCUACCGACGGGAGCUGACCCCCUACUGACGGGAGCUGACCGCCUGCUGCCCGGAGGCGACCCCCUGCUCAGCGAAGACGACUUAGAAGUGGACGACAUUUACCACUACGAAUCGGUGAGCGAAAUGAAGAACAGACUCAUAAUAAAAAAAAACAAAAGUGACGAGGUGGGGAGCUUCUUUGGAGGGGGAGCACCCCCUGAGGGGGGACACGAACACGAGGUGGGGAGCUACCAUGCAGACUACCUAAAACAGAUGCAGGAGGAUGACCUGAUUAGAAGAAUCGUAGACAUCAAACUCGUUUCGCAGUUAAAGGAACAGAAGAGGGACGUGCAGUGGGGGGUCCCCCCCGAUGAGGGUGGCGUAAGCGGUACCUUUUUCGAUGGGACGUCUAAGCAGAGUAACCACCCAGUUGGGUUUAACCUGAAGAAGGGUUCUUCGCAAGGCGAUGGUCCGCCGGGGGCCCCUGCGGACUUCCCCACAGUGAAUGACCCAGGGGGGUGGCAUCCAAGCGAGUCGCACGAAGGGCAAACUGGUGAGGAUGAAAAGGAGUGGAAGCUCACAAGUGGGCACUGCCCAAACGACGACGCCCACAGCAGCGACCGCAUGUACCAAGACGAAAAUGAAACCCUCUUCCGUGAAAUCGAGAGGACGUUUAAAGAACACUCCGUGUGCAACACGCAACUGGUGGAAAUGUAUAAACACAUCGGGGACCUAUUCGAAGAAUACAAGUUGCGAAAGGAUGAGUCUGGGCAGGUGAAAAGUUUAGAAAAAAUUUACAAGAAAAAGUGCAUCGAAUUGAAGGACCUCAAAAGAAAGAGAACGAAGCAACUUGUCACUUGCGAAAGCUUCUUCAGGUUCUUCCAUCAUAUGAUGAAGCUCAUCAAGGUGAAGAGCAACCUGAUGAACAACGCGCUAGUAGAGUCCUUCGAGAUGGAUGUCAUUUUUUUUAUCGUUUACCAAAAUUUGAAGCUGUAUCUUUAUAGGGAAUACUACGAAAAUUACAAACUCGUUUUUGCAAAGGAGUAUAUUUAUAAUACGAAGUAUUACAAGAGGAAGAAAGAGGGGGGCAAGAAGGAGGUGGUCACCCUGUUGGCAACGGAUGGGGUGGUUCCUAGCGGCUACUCUACACACGACUAUGCACCUGUGGAGGAGCACCUCAUCAAUGAGGUGAAACACCCCAGUGGGUUCAACGACACACGUGUGCACUACCUGUUCGAUGGGUUCUCCAGCAAUUACUCAACCGACUCGUCGGAGGACUCCGAUUGGGGGGGGACCUCAAACGGGGCUAUGCAGAAUGACCAGGCAACUGCAACGCAAAGGAAGAAGCGGAAGGAACAGAAGGAGAAGUACUUCCAAACAGGUAAGAUGAAAGCAUUAAGGAGGAGGUACCUCAUAUCCAUCAGGAACAUCUUCAAAGAUGUGCACCCCCAUUUUGCAAACUUUAAAAAUGCCAUCAAAUAUUUUUACCUGCUCAAAUUACACAACGAAGAUUUUUACGUACAGCAUAAGUGCAUGUCCCUAUUCGAUCCCAUUUUUUUUUUUUUUGCAAAAUGGGAGUUGCUGUUUUGGGAUCCUCUCUACCAAUUUUAUCAAACGAGAACUAAAAAAAGGAAGCUACUCUCCUUGGUCGAAGAUCAAAUGGCGGGGAGCCUCUCCGGGCAGAUGCAUGCCAAGUUUGUGCAGUUACACAGAAAUGAACACUUCGUCAGCGCCAAUAGCGUGCCGCGAGGGGGGAAGCAGGUCCUACCCCCUGUGCUGAAUUGGGCAUACGCAGAUGAUGCCGCCAAUUCGUCGUUUGAGGCGGACGCAGCAGCUCCCGCGGCGGAUCCCUACGCGGAUGCCUCCCCGGGGGACCCAUCGACCGGAAGCGAGACCGGGCGGAGCAUGCACUCGUCAGAGGUGGAGGGCGCGUCUUCCCUCUCCAGUUCGAGUGCAGCCGUAGUGGGAGGAGAGGCAACACUGGAAGAAUCGCCAAUGGAGGGAGAAUCGCCAGUCGGGGAAAAACCGCCAAUUGUGGGUGAAUCGCCAAUGGGGGAGAACCCCCCCCUGGGGAGAGAAAAAAAAUACAAACCCGCGAAGAAACGCUUCCACAACAACCCCAGCGUAAAGAGCUUCGAGUGGUACAAAUUUAUGGACGAGCUGAUGUACAUCUACCAAGUGGACGACGAACAGGAGGUCCUCCGAAAAUUGUACGAGCAUAUUUUUAACAACAAGGUGCACGAACUAGUGGAGGCAUGGAACCCCCUAUCUCUGAAGCAAAGCUGCAAUUUGUGUGUAAUCCUCGCGGAGUACCUCCUAUACAAUCAGGACCGCAGAGAAGUCACCGACAUGGUGAAGGAGAAGAUAAACAACUGCGUAUUUACAUUUUUCGAGGGAUAUAAAAAUAUAAGCAGCCAAAAAAAAAAAAACAUUUUCCUAAUGAGGUGUUUGAAGAUAUUAAAAAGUGCGAGGGGCAUCCUUUCUUUGCUGAGUGACGAUGCCCUUCACGAUUUUGUUAAAAAUAUUUUUUACAACUUUGUCCUCACGAAUUACGAUUAUUCCAGCAAAUUGCACAACUUGAUUGUGUCAGCUGUGGUGCAUAUAAUCCUCUCGCUGGGUGUCCCAAAGGAGAGCAAAAUUUUCGAAGACAUUUCGAGUGUGCUGUGUGGCAUCACGGAUAGGCUGCGCUCCGGCGACUUCGACUACGGGAAGUUCAAGAUGGAAAAUUAG